GAACAAAACCGGAAGUACCUGUCCAUGACGUCACAGACUGAAAACGUAAACAAACUCCGUGUUGCGACAUCUCUGUUGUUGUUUUCGUCUGACAGUUUGUCGCUUUGUUAGCUUUUUAAAACCCUGCUCAUAGUCUCCAGUCUUUGUGUUCAUGGUUGUGGUGGAGCUGUAGUUCACCGGUGAGCUGACGGUAACGGGAGACAGUCAUCAUGGCUCAGCAGAGAGGAGUCAACAGCCUGCAGUUCAACCAGGAUCAGAGCUGUUUCUGCUGUGCUAUGGAGACGGGAGUCAGGAUUUAUAACGUGGAGCCGCUGAUGGAGAAAGGACACCUGGACCAUGAGCAGAUAGGCAGUGUGGCGUCCUGCUCCAUGCUACAUCGAUCUAAUCUGCUGGCAUUAGUCGGAGGAGGAAUCAACCCAAAGUUCUCUGAAAUAUCUGUGCUGGUGUGGGACGAUGCUCGGGAAUCUCGAGACGCGAAAGAGAAACUGGUUCUGGAGUUCACCUUCACCAAGCCGGUGCUGGCUGUCCGCAUGAGGCAGGACAAGAUCAUCAUCGUGUUAAAGAACAGGAUCUAUGUUUACAGUUUUCCAAAUAAUCCCGUCAAACUGUUUGAGUUUGACACCAGAGAUAACCCCAAAGGUUUGUGUGAUUUAUGUCCCAGUCUGGACAAACAGCUGCUGGUGUUUCCUGGUCACAAAUGUGGCAGCCUGCAGCUCGUGGAUUUGUCCAACACCAAGCCCGGCACGUCCUCGGCUCCGUUCACCAUCAACGCUCACCAGAGUGAGAUCGCCUGCGUGGCUCUGAAUCAGCCCGGCAGCGUGGCGGCCUCGGCGUCUCGUAAAGGGACGCUGAUCCGGCUGUUCGAUACCACGACCCGAGACAAGCUGGUGGAGCUGCGUCGAGGCACCGACCCCGCCACCCUCUACUGGUACACACUGAUCAUUCAGCCUUAGUGUGUGUGUGUGUGU